GGCGGGCGGCGCGGUCUGAGGCGGGCUGCGGGGCCGGGGGCCGCCUGUGCGCGGCGCGGUGUCUCCAUGGCGCCGGCAGCGCCCUGAAGGCGGCGGCGGCGGAUUCGCAGGCCGCGUCCUAGUCCUCGGCCUUGAGUGAGCUCGAUGCCGAGCACCUCGGACGCGGCGCCAGCUGGAGGGAGCGGGGGAAGCCGGGGCUGGGGCGGCUCGGCAGCGGUGGAGGCGCCGGCGGACAAGAAGCGGCUGCAUCACCGGAGACGGAAGCGCUUCGCGGCCCAGCCGCAGCCUCCCGCUCCGCCGCCGCCGGCUCCUCACCCGCUGCUGUUUCCGCUCCUGCAGCCGCCGCUCCUGCAGCCGCCGCUGCCGCCGCAGUCUCUGCUGUUCCUGGCGGCCACCAGCGCCUCCUCCUGCUGCGGGGACGGGGGGGAGCGGAAGCGGCCCCGGGGCAAGCGGCGCUCGGGGUCCCGGCACAAGCGGCGUCGGGGCCGCGGGGGAGGCGCAGGGGGCGGCGGUGGCGGCGCCCAGGAGCCGGAGAAGCGGCGCGGUAGCGGGGGGCUGAGCACGCUGGUGGAGGAGUACGACGACGUGAGCUCCCAGUCCGAGGGGCUGGUGGGAAGCGGAGCGGCCGGACCAGGAGGGGCGGGGAGCGGCGGGGGAAGCCCGGCCUCCUCCUCCGGCGGGGGGAGCCAGCGCCCCCGGGGGGAGUCGGAGCGGAGCAGCCGGCCGCGCCGGGAACAUCGCGGCAGCAGCGGCCGCUCCAGAGAGCGGCACCGGGAGCACCGCAGGCGGGGGGAGGAGAAGCAGCAGGAGGGGACGGCGGUGGCCAGGGGGGGAGCCGAGGCCUCCUCUUCCUCCUCCAAGUCCCGCAGCCGCCACAAUCAGACCGGGGGCCAGGACCGGGAGGGCCCCAAGAGCAGCAGUGGCGGCGGCAGCGACGCCCGCAGGAAGGGCCCGGCCGCCUCCCCCGGCAGUGGCAGGAAGGAGCGGGAGGGCAAAGCGCACAAGAGCCGGACUAAAGCGGCCAAAGAGCCGCCCUCGGCCUACAAGGACCCGCCGAAGGCUUAUCGGGAGGAUAAGGCCGAGCCUCGGGCCUACAGGCGGCAGCGAUCGUCCCCCAGCCCCGGCCGGGACGACAGCCCCCCGUCGCACAGGGCCUCCCAGAGCCAGAGGAGCCGCAAAUCGCCCAGCCCCAUCGGCGGGCGCUCCCCCCUCAGCCCCUACGGCCGCCGCCGAUCCCCUAGCUACAGCCGGCACAGCUCGUACGAACGCGGCGGGGAUGUGUCGCCCAGUCCCUACAGUAGCAGCUGGCGCCGCUCUCGGAGCCCUUACAGCCCCACUGUCAGGAGAUCAGCAAAAUCCCGAAGCAGAAGCCCUUACUCGUCAAGACACUCAAGAUCUCGCAGCAGGCACAGAUUAUCUAGGUCCAGAAGUCGUCACUCGAGUAUUUCUCCUAGCACACUGACUCUGAAAAGUAGCCUGGCUGCUGAGUUGAAUAAGAACAAAAAAGCUAGAGCUGCAGAAGCAGCCAAAGCCAAUGCAAAAAUUUCAAACACCUCUACGCCUACUAAGGGAAACACUGACACUGGUGUGAGUGCACCUCAAACAAACAAUGUGAAGGAUCUGAAGAAAAUAAAAACUGAGCAUACACCUUCUCCUACAAGUGGUGCAACUUUGAAAAAUGACAAGACAAAAGCAAAGGUCUCUCUUCAGGAAACAAAGGUGGAAAAUAAUUUGAUUGUAGACAAAGUGGCUAAACAGAAAGCAGCAGCAGCAGCAGCAGCAGUAGUAAAAGAGAAUAAAUCAGUUGCCAUAAAGCAGCAACCAGUCACUGUAAAAGAGAAAAACAAACCACAUACACCAAAUGUAGGAACCAAGGAGAAAGAUAAAAAUGUUGCGCUGCUAACCUCCACACUGCCACCCUUGCCUUUCCCUCCCAUGCUGCCUGAAGAUACAGAUACUGACAGUUUGCGAGGGAAUCUUUCAGUGAAGGCAGUUAAAAAGGAAGUGGAGAAGAAACUCCGACAUCUGCUUGCAGACUUGCCACUCCCACCAGAGUUGCCUGGAGGAGAUGAUUUAUCCAAAAGUCCUGAAGAAAAGAAACCAGCAGUUCAGUCACACAGCAAAAGGAGGCCUAAAAUAUGUGGACCACGCCACGGUGAAACAAAGGAAAAAGACAUUGACUGGGGAAAACGCUGUGUGGAUAAAUUUGAUAUAAUUGGCAUUAUUGGAGAAGGCACUUAUGGGCAAGUUUACAAAGCCAGGGAUAAGGAUACGGGAGAAAUGGUGGCGCUAAAGAAAGUACGGCUGGAUAAUGAAAAGGAAGGUUUUCCAAUUACAGCUAUUCGGGAGAUUAAGAUUCUUCGACAGCUUAACCAUCAAAGCAUUAUCAACAUGAAGGAAAUAGUGACAGAUAAGGAAGAUGCUUUGGACUUCAAGAAGGACAAAGGUCACAAUAUCCCUGUGGCAACUACAACAAUUGGUUACAUGGCAAGUGCAUUUUACCUGGUCUUUGAAUAUAUGGACCAUGACUUGAUGGGACUCCUGGAAUCUGGCUUGGUUCAUUUUAAUGAAAAUCACAUAAAGUCAUUUAUGAGACAGUUGAUGGAGGGAUUGGAUUACUGCCAUAAGAAGAACUUCCUGCACAGAGAUAUUAAAUGUUCAAAUAUUCUACUAAAUAAUAGAGGGCAGAUUAAGCUUGCAGACUUCGGGCUUGCUCGACUGUAUAGCUCAGAGGAGAGUCGACCAUAUACCAACAAAGUUAUUACUUUAUGGUACCGGCCUCCUGAACUUCUGCUUGGAGAGGAAAGAUAUACACCAGCCAUAGAUGUCUGGAGCUGUGGCUGUAUCCUGGGUGAACUUUUUACUAAAAAACCAAUAUUUCAAGCAAAUCAGGAACUUGCUCAGCUGGAACUAAUAAGCCGAAUUUGUGGGAGUCCUUGUCCUGCAGUCUGGCCUGAUGUAAUAAAGUUAGCCUAUUUCAACACCAUGAAACCAAAGAAGCAGUAUCGUCGAAAACUGAGAGAAGAGUUUGCUUUUAUUCCACCAGCUGCGUUAGAUCUGUUUGAUUACAUGCUUGCUUUGGAUCCUAGCAAGCGUUGCACAGCUGAACAGGCUCUUCAGUGUGAGUUUCUGCGAGAUGUGGAACCUUCUAAAAUGCCUCCACCAGACCUUCCUUUGUGGCAAGAUUGUCAUGAACUGUGGAGUAAGAAACGUAGACGGCAGAAGCAGAUGGGCAUGACAGAUGACACAACAGCAGCUAAAAUUCCUAGGAAGGAUUUGUCUUUAGGCCUGGAUGAUAGCAGAACGAACACCCCACAAGGCAUGCAGACUUCUUCCAAACUCACAACUCAGGGCAACUCUAGUGUAGCACUUGUGAAAACAGGCACUGGACAGCAGUUAAACCAGAAUGAAGUGGCAAUCCUGCUAAAUCUUCUACAGUCUAAAUCAAGUGUUAGCAUGGCACAUUUUGCCGAAGUGUUGAAUAUUAAGAUAAAUGCAGAGACUCAGCAGCAACUAGAUAAAAUAAACAUUCCUGCUGGUAUUUUGGCAGCAGGUGAAAAACAGCCAGAGCAACAGCCGCUUCCACCACCACAAGAACAGGAGCCUGUGCAACAGCCAGCAGUCACUCAGCCAGCUGUGCCACCUGCUCAGCUGACUCAGCCUAAAGUUGAGACUGAUGCUGCCCAGGCAGCUGUGCAGAGUGCAUUUGCUGUUUUGUUGUCUCAGUUAAUAAAGACUCAGCAAACAAAGCAGAAAGAUCUUGUACUAGAGGAGAAAGAGAAUGGAUCAGGAAAUGAAAUGUCGUUACAACUCAGGCAGCCUCCAGAGCCCUGCACUCCUGCAUCUGAUAACCAGGAGGACACGGAAUCUCCAGCAUCUGUUUACCCACAUCUGAUCAAAUCAUUAUACUCAUGUGCAGGUCAAGAUGAUUUGGUUAGACAGCCUGAGAUGAGGCUUCUAAACCUAACACCAGAACAAGAACGCCCUCGUAUCUUGCCCCCCGACCAGCGUCCUCCUGAGCCACCAGAACCACCACCUCUCACUGAAGAAGACGACCUAGAUUAUCGGACAGAAAACCAGCAUUUGCCUAUUUCUAGCUCUUCAGGAACAGAUCCUCAUGCUGGGGUGAAAGCUGCUCUUCUACAACUGCUUUCUCAGCAUCAGGUUCAGCCAACUGAGGAACCAGUAACAACUAGUGUGGAUUAUCAGGCAAGAGACUCCUAUGUAACUGACUACAAGGAUAAUUUUGGAUCUUCUUUCUCUUCUGCCCAUUAUGGUGGUAGUGAUGGAAUAGGAAGUGGAUCAUCUGGGGCACUGGAAAGGAGAAGCUUCAUUGGAAAUUCAGAUAUUCAGUCUUUGGAUAACUACAGUACUGCUUCAUCUCACUCUGGUGGUGCACCUCCACCUCCUGCCUUUUCAGAACCAUUUCCCAGCUCAGUAACUGGUUAUGGAGACAUUUACCUCAACACCGGUCCCCUGCUAUUUAGUGGAGAUAAGGACCAUAGAUUUGAAUAUAGCCAUGGCCCUAUUGCAGUUCUGGGAAACAGUGGCGACACUUCCACAGGGUCGGAAAGUACUCAUUCUUUGUCCACAAAGAUGCACAACUAUAGUUAUGGAAGUAAUUUACAAGAAAACCCUAGUGGCAUUAGCCACAUACAUGGACAAACUUGGACUUCUCCAGCCCAAGGACCUGGAUAUUCCCAAGGAUACAGAGGACACAUUAGCACAUCAACAGUCAGAGGGCGAGGCAGAGGAUUACCAUACUGAGUAUCUGUUUUUCCUCAGGCACAUCAUUUUUAUCUGGAAAGAUUUUUUUCUAGCUGCAGUUUAAAGCAGCAAUCCAGUAGACUUGAAUAAUGUUAAUUCAACAGCUUUAUUUUUAUGUGGAAAAGGGUCUUGCAUACAGUAGGAAAAUUUAAACUGCUUAAAACUCAUGCUGUCUGGAAACUAGAUCAAUUGAUUGUACAUGUUCACAAAUUCUAGUUAUGAAUUUUAUUUUGUAUUUUUGGCAGUUUUAAGUGGAUGCUAAAUUUAGGGACAUCAGCUUUUUAUGGCACUCUUUCAGAUCUUCUGAACUAUGCACAUUUGUGCUUUUUUUGUAAGUUUGGACCAACUUUAAUGUAAAAAAUUUUACAACAAUCAAAGCAGGGCACUGAUUUAUUUGGUAUUUUUCUUUUUACAAAACUACCUUUAGUCAAAGGUCACUGUCAGUCUUUGCACUGCUUUCAGUGUUAUUGUGGAAGGUGUACUUUGUGCUCAUUUCAGAUAAUAAAACACAACCUUUCUCUUGAUGCAACAGUUUUAUAAAUAUUUGGUCAAUGUUAUUUUUUCCUUUUAAAAAAAAAAAAAGAUGUAGUAAAAUGUUUCCCCAUCUCCCA